UACUGCUUCUGCCAACUAGUGAGCUUAGCUUAGAUUAGCUGCUACUAAUACUGUAACAGUUGUGUUCUUUAUAUCUCUCUGCUUACUUGAAUUCUACACAUAAAAAAGUUCCCUUCUUCAUUUCUUCUGCUUCUACUCUGCUCUCUAGUCUCUGCAGUAGUAGCAAAGAGAAAAAAAGCUCUUCUUUUUGCUACUUUUGAGGUGUCUUUAGCCGCCUUUGUGUUUUGCAGAGAAGUUAUAAAUUAUAUAUUUGACACAAGCAUUUAAGUGAAUUGGUUGUUGUGGUUUCAGAAGAUUUUGUGUGAUCUUACAAUUAUUUCUGGGCUGCAUUUAUAAUUCACUUAAAUUCUUGAAAAAGAGAGAUUUUUUUUUAAAAAGAAAGCUGUUUAGCUCAAGUUUUCUUCUUUCCUCUGCUUUUUUACUAUAAGUUGGGGCGGUUGCUGCUAAGAGAACAAAAAGAAUAGCUCAAUUAGAGGAAGUGUGUAUUCUUCUUCUUCCUCUUCUUCUUUUGCAGAGAUCUGGUUACAAGAAAGAAAACAUCUUAAUACAAGAUCUGCCAGAAAUUGAAAAUGUUGGCUCAGAAGCAAGCAGAAGAAGCUAUUGUCCCAAACUUCAAUGAAACUGAACAUGAUGGUGGAAAAGAAUUAGAAGUUGAGAAAUUAGAAGAAGAUCACUCCAUUUUUAAUGUCAAGAGUUUCCUCUGGCAUGGUGGUUCUGCUUGGGAUGCUUGGUUCAGUUGUGCUUCUAAUCAAGUAGCACAAGUGCUAUUGACAUUACCAUACUCUUUUUCUCAACUUGGAAUGAUAUCAGGCAUAGUGUUCCAGAUCUUCUAUGGUCUUGUUGGUAGCUGGACUGCAUACCUCAUCAGUGUUCUCUAUAUUGAAUACAGAAGCAGAAAAGAAAAAGAAGGUGUUAGCUUCAAGAAUCAUGUCAUUCAGUGGUUUGAAGUGUUAGAUGGACUACUGGGACCAUACUGGAAAGCAGCAGGCCUUGCCUUCAACUGUACUUUCCUUCUGUUUGGAUCUGUCAUUCAACUAAUUGCUUGUGCAAGUAACAUAUAUUACAUCAAUGAUCAUUUGGACAAGAGGACAUGGACAUACAUAUUUGGAGCUUGUUGUGCUACUACUGUUUUCAUUCCUUCUUUCCACAACUAUCGAAUUUGGUCUUUUCUUGGCCUUGGGAUGACCACUUACACAGCUUGGUAUUUAACCGUUGCAGCUCUUGUUCAUGGCCAGGUUGAAAAUGUUCAACACUCUGCUCCAAACAAGCUUGUGUUGUAUUUCACUGGUGCUACCAAUAUCCUUUAUACCUUCGGUGGUCAUGCUGUUACUGUGGAAAUUAUGCAUGCAAUGUGGAAACCACAGAAGUUCAAGUACAUAUACUUAAUAGCCACCUUAUACGUUUUCACCCUAACAUUACCAUCAGCAUCAGCAGUUUACUGGGCAUUUGGAGAUCAACUUUUAAACCAUAGUAAUGCAUUUUCACUUCUACCCAAAAACGCAUGGCGUGAUGCUGCUGUGAUCUUGAUGUUAAUUCAUCAGUUUAUCACAUUUGGAUUUGCAUGUACUCCAUUAUAUUUUGUGUGGGAGAAAGUUAUAGGGAUGCAUGAUACAAAAAGCAUAUGCCUAAGGGCAUUGGCUAGAUUGCCUGUGGUUAUACCAAUAUGGUUCUUGGCUAUUAUUUUCCCAUUUUUUGGACCUAUUAAUUCUGCAGUUGGUGCUCUUUUGGUUAGUUUCACAGUCUACAUCAUCCCAGCUCUUGCCCAUAUGCUCACCUAUCGUAAAUCCUCCGCUCGUCAGAAUGCGGCGGAGAAACCUCCAUUUUUCAUGCCAAGUUGGACUGCAAUGUAUGCCAUUAACAUCUUCAUAGUGGGUUGGGUUUUUGUUGUCGGAUUUGGGUUCGGAGGUUGGGCUAGCAUGACCAAUUUCAUCAGACAAAUCGAUACGUUUGGCCUUUUCGCUAAGUGUUAUCAAUGCAAACCUUCGCUUCCUCCGGCAAGCCUACCGCCACAUCCGGCGCCACCGGCCUCUAUCCACCAUUAAGAAGCUCACCUAGAUUUGCCGCGGCGCCAAAAGUGGUGUUGCAAAAGUUCAACGGUCAAAACUGUCCUUAGACUAUGACUAUCUUGUAUUAUAUACAUGGGGUUGUAGCAAUACUUCCCUUACAUGUGGUGUGUGCCAAAAUUUUCAUUUUCUUUCUUUUUACCCCCUUUAAGAUUUCAAUUUUUUCUUACAACAUUAGAUAUAAUAGUGUGUUUGAAUUGUGAUGAUUCCUUUGCUAUCAAAAGCAUAGGCUUAAUUAAAUCAAGAUGUAUUAGUUUUUAAUUUCUUCCCCACUCAUGGUGGAGUAGUAAAUGAUUGUUGUUAUAAAAUAGGAUUAUAUAGCUGUUGGUAUUGUAGAAAGUUUGUGCCUUUUGCGAUGUCA